AUGGAGGUGGAGGUGCAAGGUCUGUCUGGCAACCUCCUAUGUUGCUUGGAAGUGCAGGCCGCCCAAACCGUCGCAGAUCUGAAAGAGUUGAUUCACAAGGCCACACACAUCAAGACAAACUUGCAGAAGCUUCUGCUGGGCAACGAGCUGCUGCGUAACACGGAUUCUUGCGGUGAGAUCCUCACACAAGGAACUGUCAACGAGAUAGCUCUGCUGCAGACCGACAAGUGGAUUGAAGAGGUUGCACAGGAUUGGCGUCGUUUACGGAAGGCUUCGGAAGCAGUUCGCAAUGACAAGGAU